CAGCGGAGGGUCCCUGCAGGAUCCGCCGCCUCGCCGCUCAAGCGCUUAGCUCGCUUUCGUCGGAGUGGCGCGGACUCUUUCAGGAAGAGCCUUUUCUCUCUUUUUCUUUUCUUUGCCUUUUUUACCGUGCGCCUCGUUCUCGGCUCCCCGGUCGCCAUGGGCAAGCGGGAGGAAGAGGAGAUCAUUCGAAUCGCCAAGAAAAUGGACAAAAUGGCGCAGAAGAAAAACGGGUCGGGUGCUUUGGACUUGCUAAAGGAGCUACGCAGCGUCCCUAUGACCCUGGAGCUGCUCCAGUCGACCAGAAUUGGGAUGUCCGUCAAUGCAAUCCGAAAGCAGAGCACAGAUGAGGAGGUGACAUCCUUAGCCAAGUCUUUAAUCAAAUCGUGGAAAAAGCUUUUGGAUGAACCUGCAAGUGGGGAUAAACCCUCAGAAGACAAGAGGAAAGAAACUGCUCCUGCAUCUCCCUCGCAGGGAAGUCCUGAGGCAAAAGAAGAAAGUAGCUCCAGCAGCAACUCCAGCGGCAAGAGCGAGAAUGCUGACGUAUCCGCCAACUCUCUAAUCAACACUUUCCCUCGCGCUCCCGUCACCUCUGACUCCAUACGGAUUAAAUGCAGAGAGAUGUUGUCCAACGCUCUCCAAGCCGGAGAGGACUACAUCGCCAUCGGUGCCGACUGCGACGAGCUCGGAGCUCAGAUUGAGGAAUGCAUAUUCCAAGAGUUCAAGAACACGGACAUGAAGUACAAGAACCGCGUGCGCAGCCGUAUCUCCAACCUAAAGGACAUGAAAAAUCCCAAUUUGAGGAGGACAGUGCUCUGCGGGAGCGUCACUCCCGAGCGCAUGGCCAAGAUGACCGCAGAGGAAAUGGCCAGUGACGAAUUGAAAGAAAUGAGGAAGAACUUGACCAAAGAGGCUGUCAGAGACCACCAGAUGGCCACUACAGGGGGCACGCAGACAGAUUUGUUUACCUGUGGCAAGUGCAAGGGCAAAUCCUGCACCUACACACAGGUCCAAACUCGCAGUGCUGAUGAACCCAUGACCACGUUUGUCUUCUGCAAUCAAUGCGGAAAUAGAUGGAAGUUCUGUUGAAUUGGCAGGCAUCUUCCGUUUGGCACUUGGAAGAGUAGCAAAAUUCCUGGACCAGAUCCUGUCGUUGGGCCCCAGAUUGGAGCUUUUUAUUUUUUAUUGUUUUUUUUUUUUUUUUAUCAUGAGGUGUAUACAUUGUACACCAGACGUUUGGUAAAGGAUGCCACUCUGCUACGAAUUGAACUAAAAUCUUCUGUUCAUAGUUUGAACUAAUUAAGGACCCCACCCCCUUAUGUCACAUGCGAUCUUUUACUAUUGUUAAUAGUUGUUUCCCACUUAUUAGAUGUAUGCAAUCAAGCUUGUUCUUUUAUCAAUUUUUUUUUUAUAUUUGUAGAGUUAACGUUGUUACGGUCUCCAUUGACAACAGCACCACGUUUUAUUUAAUUUCUGAAUAAAGUGUAAUCCGUUUGAUUAAAAAAUGGUGUUGAUCGUCAUCAUGGGUUCAAGCGCAUCAGCUAAAUCAGGAUUGUGAUUUUAUUCACUGCCGUUAGAUUUCAAACUGGGAGGGUGGGUUGUGAAUGACGUUUCAGUGCAAUAGCGUACUGCACGCUACACGUCACUUCUGCUCAUUAUUACCGGAAUUUAUGACUUUAGCAACUGUUGCUAAGGGGCGGGGACAGGCUCGCGUUAGUCCCUCAUGCUAGAUGUAAAUAGUGUACGAACGAGAUGUUUACUGAGCUAAACCUACCAAUUCUGUCUGAAAAUGAUGUCCCUGGUGCCAAAUUCACUGGUAAAGAUGUGGAAGAACAUACAAAUUUUCAGUUAAAGAGAUUGCGUGAGUGUCGAGGGCUGAAAAAGAGCCGACCUGAUCCACACCUUUUUCCUUAUGCCACUGACAAUGACGUUCUCCUGUUUCAACAAGCUAUCCUUUACCACCAUAUGCCCUGUCUUUCUCAUAUAUUAUAUCCUCUGGUUGUCUUCCGUCUCUGACCGUUCUUGAGGGCAAUUUACAUUGCUAUUUUUGUGUUGCGAUCGCAAAUGCUACUUAGUUAAAGCUAACGAACACUUUUUCCAUUAAUAACAUCUUAAUUCUAUAAUUUAUUUACACUUCCCCCUUACUAAAGUUUUUUUUACAACAGAAAAGGUAACAGUGGCAGUCAGAUACCAUUUUAAUUUUUUGGGGGGGUCAUUCAUUGUCAGAAGCAGCAUGGCAAAACGCCACACUAAAAUAUCAGUAAAAAUAUCAAAAUGGCUUACCUCUUUGUCCUCUGAAGGACCAUAGCCCCCAACAAAAUGUUUACGGCGUAUGAAAUGUGAAUUUCUUCACCUUAUAUUCUGUUAUAUAUCUGUUGCUGGAACAUGGUGUUUACAUAUGAUGCCCCCCCCUAAACAUUUCUAACUGCCCCCUCAUACAUGCCUGCUUACAACCGGCCCUGUGUCACUCUAUGCUCCGUUGCCACAGCAACCUGCAGGCGUGUCAAUAAUGUGACCCAGAUCUGAUUUGGACACUUGUUAAAAAAAAGUGUGAACAAUCAGCCCCGAAAAUCAGAUUUGAAGAGGAAUCCGAUUGGAAUCAGAUACAGUGGGGCAAAUAAGUAUUUAGUCAACCAGUAAUUGUGCAAGUUCUCCCACUUGAAAAUAUUAGAGGCCUGUAAUUGUCAACAUGGGUAAACCUCAACCAUGAGAGACAGAAUGUGGGGGAAAAAAAAACAGAAAAUCACAUUGUUUGAUUUUUAAAUAAUUUAUUUGCAAAUCAUGGUGGAAAAUAAGUAUUUGGUCAAUACCAAAAGUUAAUCUCAAUACUUGUUAUGUACCCUUUGUUGGCAAUAACUGAGGCCAAACAUUUUCUGUAACUCUUCACAAGCUUUUCAUACACUGUUGCUGGUGUUUUCCCCAUUCCUCCAUGCAGAUAUCCUUUAAAGCAGUGAUGUUUUGUGGCUGUCAUUGGGCAACACGGACUUUCAACUCCCUCCACAGAUUUUCUAUGGAGUUGAGAUCUGGAGACUGGCUAGGCCACCCCAGAACCUUGAAAUGCUUCUGACGAAGCCACUCCUUUGUUACCCUGGUUUGGGAUUAUUGUCAUGCAGAAAGACCCAGCCAUGUCUCAUCUUCAAUGCCCUUGCUGAUGGAAGGAGAUUUUCACUCAAAAUCUCCCGAUACAUGGCUCCAUUCAUUCUUUCCUUUACUCAGAUCAGUCAUCAUGGUCCCUUUGCAGAAAACCAGCCCCAAAGCAUGUUUCCACCCCCGUUCUUCACAGUGGGUAUGGUGUUCUUCGGAUGCAAUUCAGUAUUCUUUCUCCUCCAAACACGAGAACCUGUGUUUCUACCAAAAAGUUCUAUUUUGGUUUCAUCUGACCAUAACACAUUCUCCCAGUCCUCUUCUGGAUCAUCCAAAUGCUCUCAAGCGAACCGCAGGUUGGCUUGGACGUGUACUUUCUUAAGCAGUUGGACACAUCUGGCAGUGCAGGGUUUGAGUCCCUGGCGGCGCAUUGUGUUACUGAUAGUAGCCUUUGUUGCUGUGGUCCCAGCUCUCUGUAGGUCAUUCACUAAGUCCCCCCGUUUGGUUGUUGGAUUUUUGCUCACCGUUCUUAUCAUUCUGACGCCAAGGGGUGAGAUCUUGCAUGGAGCCCUAGAUCAAGGGAGAUUAUCAGUGGUCUUGUAUGUCUUUCAUUUUCUAAUAAUUGCUCCCACAGUUGAUUUCUUUAGACCAGGGGUGUCCAAACUUUUUGCAAAGGGGGCCAGAUGUGGUGUGGUAAAAAUGUGGGGGGGCCAACCUUGGCUGAUGUCCUGUACGUAGAACAAUAUAUUUUAGCAAGCCAUUCUGUGUGUCACAUUUUCUUUUAUUUUUUAUAAUUUCAACAAUUUAACAACGAGCCUUUGUGGCGUUCUCUUUCGACUCUCGGGCUCUUGCGAAAUACUGCUGCUGUGAAAUUAAACUACCGGUAGCUUAAAGUUGCUUCAAUUUCUCGCUACAUAUCUUCCCUGUAAUCUUGUCGUACAUGUCAGUGUGUCUUGUUUGGUAUUAUCACCUCACAUUGAACUCUUUAAAAACAGCGACUGUCUCUUUGCAAAUGAGGUAGACACGGUUGUCGCGUAUUUUAGUGAAGAAAUAGUCCAAUUUCCACCUAUCCUUGAAGCAUCGGCCAACGCAGUCAACUUUCUCUUUUUUGUUGAUUAUUGCCAUUUUAGAAAAUUGGAAGAGUCACACGGGGUAAUGUUGCUUAGAGUGCUGCUGCCUUUUAGUGGGUAAAUGAGGAGCAGCAUUUAGUGUGUAAGCUAUUUCAUAUGCUGGUAGCAGUACUGUUGACCAAUGUAUUAAGUCUGUGUGUUGGCCAGACGUUAUUGAUUUUAUGACAGAGGCUGGGGGCCGGAUUCAAUUUGCAUUUGGCCCCCGGGCCGGACUUUAGACAUGUCUGCUUUAGACCAAACAUUUUACCUAUUGCAGAUUCAGUCUUCCCAGCCUGUUGCAGGUCUACAAUUUUGUCUCUGGUGUCCUUUGACAACUUUUUGGCCUUGGCCGUAGUGGAGUUUGGAGUGUGACUGACUGAGGUUGUGGACAGGUGUCUUUUAUACCGAUAAGGAGUUAAAACAGGUGUCAUUAACCCUAGAACACUAAUGUUAAAUUAGUUACUCCAUCACUAACGUUGGGUAUGUUUUACCCGAUAUAUUAUCCCCGAUAAAUUACAGUUUUCAUCUAUUUAUGUUAAAAGUGAAAAACUGUAUGCCAAAUUGUAGUACUCUUCUUUAUUUUACCAAUUUACAAUAACACAUAAAAUAAAAAAGAGGUACCAUGGGGUACCCUUUAAAAAGGCAGCAAAAUUUUUGAAAAAUCAGGAAGUCCUUAAUGAAACAUUUCCUAACAAAAAAGAUAAUGGAGCUUAGAACUUGCUCUUUGGUCCACCCAUUCCUGGGACAUGUGAGCCUAGUCUGGUGAAGGCACAGUCUUCCUGCAUCACUGACAACUGAGAGAGACAAAAAAUGGCAUUUUUUGAGAGGGGAAAAAUAACCGAAUUUUAUUGAAUAUAUGCAUUUCCUUGGAAAUUAGCAUUAAGUGAUGUUUAUUCAUGGUCAUUAUACUAAUUGAUGCAAAUUAUAGGACGUCUCUAACUUGCCUUAUGUCUUACAUGCAGUCGGUACAGGCAGGGUAGUAAUGGCGAGGGCACACUGGUCGACCAUUUGUCUGGUGGUAUGGUCACCACACUCACGAUGUCGUAUUUUUUUUCUCUUAUGACCUGAAGUGCUAGGCUCAAUGCAAUCACUAUCAUCCUCCUCAUCAUCAUCACUUGAUUCUGGUAUAUAGUCUCUAUCACUGUCACUGUCAUACAACACCUCUGCUUCCACAUGAUCAACAUCUUCAUCACUGCUUUCCCUGAACAGAAGAUCUUGUAUUUCCUUCUCUGUCAGGUAUUUUACUGGUUUUCUGGACAUCUUUUUUCUCACUCCCUGAGUGCUACAACUUCACUUGUAGCUAGCUAGCUAGCUAAAAGCUUCGCUCUAGUUGAAAACAAAAGAAAUCUGCUCAGCUAACAAUUAAAGAUGUAAAUUAACAUUGGCUACGUGUUACUCACUUGUUAGCAUGCCAGAGUAACCAAGCUUGAAGCAGAAUGGCAUCUGUGGAUGAAAUGGGGCAGAGUAUGCGGCCAGUCUGAAUGUUGUUUCUCUUGAAAAGUGUAAAGAGCGUCUGAAUUAAACACACUAACACUAACAUCGGGUAAAUUUCACUCAUACAAUAUUUACUCUCUAUCACUAACGUCGGGUGAAAAUCACCCGAACGCAUGCCUCUUGAAAAAACUAUAGCUUGGAGGAAGGAAACAAAUAUACCAUUAAUGACAUCAGUGAGAAGCUUGAAGCUACCCAGGAACCCAUGUAACUAAGACAGCAGCAACACAAUAAAAAUCACAUGACAAUGACUGUAUGGGUGAAGAUCACCCAGGUUUAGUGUUCCAGGGUUAAUACAGGUAACGAGUGGAGCCUCGUUAGAAGACGUUAGACCUCUUUGACAGCCAGAAAUCUUGCUUGUUUGUAGGUGACCAAAUACUUAUUUUCCUCUCUAAUUUGGAAAUAAAUUCUUUAAAAAUCAAACAUUGUGAUUGUUUUUUUUCCCACAUUCUGUAUCUCAUGGUUGAG